AUGUGGUGGUUGGCGUUCGUACUGUUCCUUAUUUGUCUUGGUCUUCUGAUAUACUUGGACACCAAGAAACCUGAACAUUUCCCUCCAGGACCAACAUGGUGGCCAAUAGUUGGAAGUGCGUUGGUGGUAGCCCAACUGAGAAAGAAGCUCGGAGGUUAUCUUUACCUAGCUUCUGCUCAUCUAGCUGAAGAAUAUGGACCAGUGGUUGGACUGCGGGUCGGGAAGGAUCGUCAAGUCAUCUGCUUUGGUUAUGAUGCCAUCAAGGAGAUGCUCACCAAGGAAGAAUUUGAUGGAAGGCCACAGGGUCCAUUUUAUGAAACUAGGACUUGGGGAACCAGAAAAGGAUUAUUGCUGACUGAUGAAGAUUUCUGGCAAGAACAAAGGAGGUUUGUUCUUAGGCAUCUUCGAGAGUUCGGUUUUGGGCGCAGGACAAUGGCAGAGUUGGUAGAGGCAGAAUCAGAACAGCUUGUUGCAGGCUUUAAGAAAAAACUUGCUGGUUUUGAAAGUUCAGGUAAAGUUAUGGAUAUGGCAGAUGCAUUUGGUGUCAAUGUUCUCAACACUCUAUGGAUGAUGAUGGCUAGCAUUAGAUACUCUCCAGAGGACAAGGAACUGAAAAAGCUACAAAAUUUACUCACAGAACUAUUUGCCAGCAUAGAUAUGACAGGGGCACUAUUUAGCCAGUUUCCCUUACUGAUACAUAUUGCUCCGAAGUUGUCUGGAUAUAAGCAAUUUAUGAGUAUUCAUCAACGUGUCUGGGCAUUUCUUAAGGCUGAAUUGGAUAGGCAUAAAGAAACCUUCCAAAAAGACGACCCUAGGGAUUUAAUGGAUGUAUAUCUACAAAUGUUGAAUUCAGAGGAAAGAAAAUCGAGUUUCUCAGAAUUACAGCUUCUUGCAGUCUGCAUGGAUAUGUUCAUGGCUGGUUCGGAAACUACAAGUAAGUCCCUAGGAUUUGGUUUCUUAUAUAUGCUCCUCUACCCUGAGGUACAGGCUAAAGCGAGAGAAGAAAUUGACAGGGUUGUAGGUAGGGAUCGACUUCCUACGUUAAACGACAGACCGAACAUGCCCUAUGUUGAGUCCAUUGUAUAUGAAUCUGUACGAGUAUUUAUGGGUCGCACGUUCAGCAUUCCACACAGAGCACUGAAAAGUACUACACUUCAAGGAUAUAAUAUUCCAAAAGAUACUAUGCUAAUAGCCAAUUUUAAUGGUGUCCUCAUGAACAAACAAUUCUGGGGCGAUCCAGAAGUUUUCAGACCUGAUAGGUUUAUUGACAAAGAAGGAAAAGUAGUGGUACCAGAUUAUUAUUUGCCCUUUGGCUAUGGUAAACAUAGAUGUUUGGGUCAAACAUUGGCAAGGAGCAAUAUCUUCUUGUUUACCGCUUCAUUAUUACAAAAUUUUGAGUUCAUGAUCCCUCCUGGUGAAGCACCUCCUGAUACCAGUGGAAUUGACGGGGUCACACCUUCUCCAGGCCCUUACAGAGCUCUCGUAAGAUGCAGAAAAUAA